AUGAAUUUGGCUCGAAAUUUUCUACGUAAUACUGUUCAUUCAUCACAACUUAUUCGAUCGUUUUCAUCAUCAUCAUCCAAUGCAUUAAAAGUAAAAAAUGAAGUCAAACGCAAACGUGAACUGGCUCUAGUGGGUGGAGGAACUAAACGUAUUGAGAAACAACAUCAGAAAGGAAAAUUAACAGCCCGUGAACGUCUUGAAGUAUUACUUGAUCCAAAAUCGUUUGUAGAAUAUGAUAUGUUUGUCGAACAUCGAUGCAAUGAUUUUGGUAUGGAUAAAGAAAAAUAUUAUGGCGACUCUGUUAUAACGGGUCAUGGACUUAUCAAUGGUCGUCCUGUUUAUGUAUUUAGUCAAGACUUUACUGUUUUCGGUGGGAGUUUAUCAAGUGUACACGCACAAAAGAUUUGUAAAAUAAUGGAUCAAGCGAUGUUAGUUGGAGCACCUGUCAUUGGUCUUAAUGAUAGUGGAGGCGCGCGAAUACAAGAAGGUGUUGAAUCAUUAGCUGGUUAUGCUGAUAUAUUUCAACGGAAUGUAUUGGCUAGUGGUGUUAUACCUCAAUUAUCAUUGAUUAUGGGACCAUGUGCGGGUGGAGCCGUUUAUUCGCCAGCAUUGACUGAUUUUAUUUUUAUGGUACGUCAGACAAGUUAUUUAUUCAUAACUGGGCCCGAUGUUGUUCAAUCUGUCACAAAUGAAAAUGUUACACAAGAAGAACUGGGUGGAGCUAAUUCACAUAUGACCAAAUCGGGCGUUGCUCAUUUUGCUUACGAUAAUGAUAUUGAUACAUUGUUGAGAACAAGAGAAUUAUUUAAUUUUUUACCAUUAUCAAAUAAAGAUCCAACACCAAUUCGAGAAUGUGACGAUAGUCCAAAUCGGUUAGUAGAUUCUCUCAAUACCGUUAUACCUUUAGAGUCAACAGCUGCCUACGAUAUGAAAGAAGUUAUUUAUGCAACCGUUGAUGAACAUGAUUUUUUUGAAGUAAUGCCAGAAUGGGCGAAAAAUAUCAUCGUUGUGGGCAUUGUGGCAAAUCAACCUAAAUCAAUGGCUGGAUGUUUAGAUAUAAAUGCAUCAGUUAAAGCAGCACGUUUUGUUCGAUUCUGUGACGCGUUUAAUAUUCCAUUAUUGACGUUUGUUGAUGUACCAGGUUUUUUACCCGGUACUUCUCAAGAACAUAAUGGGAUCAUAAGACAUGGGGCAAAAUUGUUGUAUGCAUUUGCUGAAGCCACUGUACCAAAAAUAACAAUAAUAACACGAAAAGCCUAUGGUGGCGCAUAUGAUGUUGCAGUCAUGGGUGCUCAAGGUGCUGUGAAGAUUAUAUUUCGAGAGGGGAAAAAUGUGAAAGAUAAAGAGCUUGAAUAUAUCGAUAAAUUUGCCAAUCCAUUUCCGGCUGCUAUUCGUGGUUUUGUUGAUGAUAUCAUCGAACCAAAUCAAACCCGUAAAAGAAUCUGUCGUGAUUUAAAUCUAUUAGCUGGGAAACAGUUAGAUAAUCCACGAAAGAAGCAUGCAAAUAUGCCAUUAUGA